AUGUCCUCACUCUCCUUCAGACUCGCCACCACGACGACCUCCAACAAGUCAAGGUUUCUCAUAAGUCACGCAUUUGCUGCAUACAGGAUGGCAAGCACGGCUGCAUUUGGCUUGAAGGAGCCGUCUCUCCUCAAGAUGCAGGGGUACAUCGACGGAAAGUGGGUUGAUGCAAUUGAAGGCGGAAAGAUCAAGGUUAUCAAUCCUGCCACUGAAGAAGAACUUGGCACUGUCCCCGAGAUGGGCCUUGCAGAGACCAAGCAAGCUAUUGAUGCCGCUUCCCGCGCGUUCAAGACCUGGAGCAAGACUACCGCUAAGCACCGACAUGACAUUCUCAUGAGGUUCUAUCGCCUCAUGCAGGAAUAUCAAGAUGACCUCGCGCGAAUAAACACUCUGGAGAACGGCAAGCCACUCUUCGAAGCCAAAAGCGAAAACGCAUACGCGUCAUCCUUCCUUGAGUGGUUCGCCGAGGAAGCAAUCCGGACGUAUGGCGAGGUCAUUCCCUCGCCAUUCUCGGGUCUGCGCAACGUUGUUAUAAAGCAGCCGGUUGGCGUUGUUUCGAUCAUGACGCCGUGGAACUUCCCUUCGGCGAUGAUCACGCGCAAGCUUGGUGCCGCUCUCGCGGCUGGAUGCACGGCAGUUAUUAAGCCUCCUUCAGAGACGCCGUUUUCGGCACUGGCGUUGACUGAGCUUGCUCUCCGCGCCGGCGUCCCUCCAGGCGUGAUCAAUGUCGUGACCACGCAUACGAACAUUUCAGCGGUCGGCAAGGAGAUGUGCGAGAAUGAAGCCGUCAGGAAAGUCACAUUCACGGGUAGCACAGCUGUGGGAGAGAUGCUGUAUGGAUAUGCCGCGGCGGGAAUGAAGAAGGUCUCGAUCGAGGCGGGUGGAAACGCGCCGUUCAUCGUGUUCGACGACGCAGACAUCGACGCUGCGGUUGAAGGCGCCAUCUCAUGCAAGUUCCGCCAAAGCGGGCAGACAUGCGUGUGCGCAAACCGGUUCUACGUGCAGUCUUCGGUAUAUGCGGAUUUUGCAUCUCGACUCGCAGAGCGCGUGGCCGCUUUCAAGGUUGGCAACGGACUUGACAGUGACGUGACGCAUGGACCUCUCAUUCAUGAACGCGCAAUCCAGAAGGUCCAGCGGCAUGUUGACGAUGCCCUCAAGCGAGGUGCCCAGCUCAUGAUGGGCGGCUCGCGCAUUGAAGGCAAAGGCACAUUCUUUCAGCCCACGGUGCUAUCCGAGGUGCCGCCCGACGCGCUUAUAAACUCGGAGGAGACAUUCGGCCCGAUUGCCUCGCUCACGCGGUUCGAAACCGAGGAGCAAGUGAUGAAGUGGGCAAACAACACGCCAAUGGGCCUUGCGAGCUAUUUCUACUCGAGAGAUGUUGGCAGGGUUUGGCGCGUCGCGGAGGCAUUGGAGGCAGGGAUGGUGGGCACGAAUACGGGCGUGAUCAGCCAGGCGGUCAUUCCGUUUGGAGGGGUCAAAGAGAGUGGGGUUGCUGCGGCUCUGUUACAGAACUCCCGUGCUUCUCUUCUCACGACGAUCGCGGAGUGGCAUCUACCUGGUGCCCUGGGUAUCCGUACCUAG